AUGUCGACGCCCGGCUGCGCCAUCAACCAGGAGGAGACCGAGGGUGCAGUAAUCGUUACUCUGUCAUCACGCAUUCCCAGUUCCGUACACUCGCGACGACUCGUACUCACUCGUGACUCCCCGUCUGUCCGAAUCGGCCGAGCCUCCAAGAUCGCUACCAAGGGUUUCGUGCCCGCCCAAGACAACGCCUGGUUUGACAGCCCUGUCAUGUCCCGCAACCACGCCGAGAUAUUCGCCAACUUCGAUACCAAUCCAAAUACUGUCUUUUACAAGGAAACCAAGGCGCUUCACGGUACAUACAUCACUGCGAACGACGGUCUCAACAAGGAAGUUGAACUCCCCAAGGGCGAGACUAUUCAGCUGUCCAACGGCGAUAUCCUUCGAUUCGGAAUUCGCAUCUUCAGAUCCAACCAGAAGUUCGACCCCUGCGCUGUCGACUUCCUGAUGGAGGAGAAGAGAUACAAGGAAUCGAAGCCUACGAGCAUGGUCUUCAUGGUGCCAGACGAUAUCGAUGAAGACGAAGACGAAUACAUAAGCGAGGAAGACAUUGGCGACAGUGACGACGUCAAAGACAUUACCCACCUGCACUCGACGUCUCGUCUCGGUCAACAGUCGACCCCCGACGCACAGGGCCUUCGCCGCUUUUCCAUCGACCUUACUGUGGAAGAUGUGGACGCAUCUCCUGAUCCAGAGCUACCAUCGAGCAUGACGACUGGCAACGCCAUCCUCUCCGACUUCAUCGACUUGACUUCGGAGCCUGACCAUGACUCCGACGCCGAUACGGAAGCAAUAGUCCCGCACUUCCCCGCUGAUGGAACAUCUGAUCCUGUGCUCCUUAAUGACCUGUCUAUUUCUCAGCUCAGACGUCACGAUUUCGUCUCAGGACCCAUUGUAGAUGGUCGGCAAGGCCUCUUCUUUGCCCCUUCGGAUCAAUCUUCGGACGAGGAGGAGAUGGCCUCUGAUUAUCCCGACGAGACCGGUUGCGGAGACGAGUUCCCAGAUAUUGAUGACUCAAGCCAGGUUUCAGAUGAUUCUGCUGAUGAUAUGAGUGAAAUCAGUGGUGAUGGCCAAGAGAAUAGUGAAGAAUCUGAGCUGGCAUCUGAGCUGGCAUCUGAGCUGGGCGAUGAAUACGGCAUGGAUGGUUUCGAGGAAGAGGAUGAAGACAGCCUCCAGCGCACUCCAUACGAUGAGGACGGCGACUCAUCCUCUAGUGAAGAAAUGAACGACCCGUAUGUCGAGAAGGAGUCGUCUCCCGAGUCGCCUCCGUCUUCAUCGCCUCCGCCCUCGGCCAACAAAGAGAUCGAUUCAAAGUCGGCCGGUGCUCAGACUUCCGGGGAUUCGGCAUCUACGGCCUACCCUUUCGGCCUGUUUAAUGCAGCCAGAGCCCCAAGCCCCUCUGACGCUGCCAUGUUCAAGAGCCAGCCAGUGCUCAGCCAGGAGCCCAGCACUUUCAGAGCCCAAGCUCUCGGCGAGAAGACAGGGAAAUUCCAAUACUUUGAGGCUAGAGAGAACAACCGCGCAGUUGCCAGUCAUAAUGACGCUUCGGUUCCGAUGUCGGCCAUUCGAGACACUUUGGCCUUCGUCCCUGAUGGCACCACUGCUGUCCCCCGCGACUCACGGCAGACACCAACUGAGACUGGACCACCGCUGGCCAUGACGAUCUCCACCGAAGCCGGAGACAUUGCUGCCAAAGCCGUUUUCGAGGCUCCCGCCCCCAACACAGUGCAAUUGACGAAGUCGAACAGCACCGAAGAAUCUGCCUGGUCGGCAGCCGGAGAGAAGUUCAUAAACAACCCGCACACCGAAGAUCUUGUCUCCGUCCAGGUGAACAGACAGGAAAGUCCCGAGCUCGAUAUGACCAGCGCGUAUACCUUCCAGCAGAGUAAACUGGCGACAGGAGUGAAGGCGGAUCACAAAGUUCGUCGUCUUCCUAUCGAGGAUCUCCUGGCCGAGGAGCCGAGGGAUGAAUUACAUAUGGCCGAACCCAAGCUGGCCGAGAAGCCGAGGGAUAGAUCACCUAUGCCCGAACUGGAGCCCACCGCACCUCUUGUUUCACCUCCCCUCCCUUCACUCCGAGAGGUGGUUGGCACAAAGCGUUCGUUCGAGGAGGCUUUUGAUGCUCCAGAGCUCAGAGUUCCUUCAUAUAAGCGUGCGGAUGGCACAUGGGCGGGAACAGGUGCUUGUUCGCAACCAAUGCCUGAUGCUACUCCAGGACACUUCCAACCCACACGAACACCUGCACGAAUGUCCGCUGAGUUUGUUGCGUCGGAUGCUGUCAGAUCUGUGGAGGCACUGCCAGAGCUCGCCGCUGCCCAUGGUGAGCAGAACGACGUCCGUCCAUCGAAAAGACUACGCCUUGCCCAAGCCGCAGCCUGUGUUGCUUUGGGUGGUGCUGCUGCAUUCUCUUACUUGGUCAAUAGCGCCCCUGUUUUCUAG